GUUACGCCGUUGGCGCGAAUAACAACAACAAAGCCGAUAUAUGUAUUUUGCCAAACUGUUGUCAUUAAAUUAAUAUAAAAUGUAUUUUAAUGUCUUCAAUACUAUGGAGACUAGUAACCGUUUGUUUAUGAUAAUAUGAAUAUGUCUUUGAAGCAUUUUUAACGUUUUAGCGUAAAGUUACCGGCUGCAUGUUUCGAUGUUAACGUUAAGCUAACAUUAACCCGGUUACACAGUUUCUUUCAAGUCUGUCUAAAACUGACAGUAGCUUUAGAUAAACUGCUAUAUUUCGGAACGUUUCUUGUUGACGAGCCGUACUAACGUUAAACUAAUUCCCCAUGACUAGUCAGAGUGUAGACUCUUUAGUUUCCUGACAGUCUGGGUCCAUCAGGAGGUAAAGUUAACAGUUAACGUUGACCAUGUCCAAAGGAGACAGGGAAGGCUUCAUUGUGAAGUUUGUGGAAAAUAGAGGGAAAAAAACAGAGUAUGCUGUCAAGGCCUAUGAGGCCAUUUUGGCGCUGCAGUCAGAGAAAUACUUAAAAACCAUCGACGAAGAUGCUGUUCUACAGAUGGACCAGAACGACAAGUCUCUGUUUGUCUUCAGCAGCUUCACCACCCCAGGGUUUCUGCACUGCACAAAGCUUGGCUGCCGAGUGGUGAGUCCACUGGUGGUGUUGUACUGCCUGCAGCAGCAACAUUGUGUACCCAAAGCAGAGAAGCCUGUCUAUAACAUGGCCAUGGCUGGCAUCACUAUUUCCUGCACCAGCCUGGAUAAAACAACACGGACAGAGGUGAUGGAUCUGGUGCAGCUCAUGGGUGGACGGGUCUAUCUUGACCUAAAUGUAUCUGUUACACACCUGAUAGCAGGAGAGGUGGGCAGCAAGAAAUAUCUGGUAGCUGCCAGCCUGGGGAAACCCAUCCUGCUGCCCACAUGGGUCAAAGCCUGCUGGGAGAAAUCUCAGGACAGUCUCUUCAGGUAUACAGAUCUACCCAUUGAGGACUAUCUGUGCCCUGUGCUGCGUGGAUGUACUGUUUGUGUAACAGGUCUUUCCAGCAUGGAGCGUAAAGAGGUGCAGCGGCUCUGUGAGCAGCAUGGAGCCACCUACACUGGGCAGCUCAAAAUGAAUGAGUGCACCCACCUCAUCGUUAGUGAACCAACAGGUCAGAAGUACGAGUGUGCGCGGAAGUGGAACGUGUAUUGUGUUUCCCUGCACUGGCUGUUUGACAGCAUAGAGAAGGGCUUUUGUCAAGACGAGAGCAGGUACAUUGUGGAGCGUAACGCAACAAAAACCACUCGACCGCACACUUCAACACCUACGGGCACCAGCAAGAAGGAGGAGGGUUCAUCUCUGUUGGGCGUGAGUCACAUCUCUGUCAAUGCCAGCAUGACAAUAAAUGACACAGCCCUCACCAACGGUACCAUCAGCCACCUGGAAGCUCCUGAUCCCAUCGAUAGUCUUGACCUCACCGUCUGCCCAGCUGAUGAUUUACUGGAUGGCUGUAAGCUGUAUCUGUGUGGCCUGCCCGGGAAGAAACUGGAGAAGCUACGGCGUCUGGUGAACGCUGCGGGAGGUCUGCGCUUUAACCAUCUCAGUGAGGAACUCACACAUGUGGUCAUGGGAGAGCUGGACCAGGACCUCAAGAACUUCCUCUCCAAAGCAACACAUAGACCCCAUGUAGUAACAGUGCAGUGGCUGCUGGACAGUUUCAACAAAGGCAGUCUACUUCCAGAGGCAGGUUACCUCCACCCUGACUGUCUACCCCCUGCUCCAGCUGCUGUGUCUGUGCCUGCCCGUCGCACUCCGACUUCCCGUCCCUCAGUUGGUCCCCCCGUGGCCAGUCCCAGCACUCCAAGGCAUAAGAGAGCAGAGGAAGAGCUGCUCUCGCAGUACAUGGAUGAUGACCCUACAGUAGUUGAAAUGCCUCCACCAGCAGAGGGCAGCAGCAGGAGGUCCGUCAGUAUAGCUGCAGAGCCUCAGCCUGAACCGUGGGCACAAAACCAGACCAGAGGACCAGUGCAUGACUCAACCCUGCAGGAAGCCAGCGAGGCAGGCCUGUUUUUGGGGAAAGGUUUCCUUCUGGUGGGCUUCGGCUCUGAGUCCGAAGCCCAGCUUUCUUUGUUGGUGACAGAAAAUGGAGGCAGGGUGCUGAUGGGCCGAACACGUGUUGUGGCAGACUAUGCAGUGGUCCCACUGCUGGGCUGUUCAGUGGAGGCUACAGUGGACGAGGUGGUCACUGAUACCUGGCUGGCCAUGUGUGUGGAGAAGGAGUGUGUUCUGCAGCUGUCCUCUAACCCUUUGUUCACCCCUGUUCCUGUGAUGGAAGGACGUUUUCCUCUCAAAGAUUGCGUUCUUUCUGUCAGCCAGUUCACCGGAGCAGAGAGGGAGUCUUUGGUGGAGCUGGCCAAGCACCUUGGAGCCAGCGUCCAGGAUUACUUUGUGCGCCUGGCCAACCAGAAGAAAGGCAUGCUGGCCAGCACUCAUCUGGUGUUGCAGAGCCCCGAAGGUACAAAGUACCGGGCAGCAAAGAAAUGGGGGCUCCCUGCCGUCACCAUGCACUGGAUACUACAAUCCGCUCGGACUGGCCAGAGGGCGGAGGAGGGGCGUUUUCUAGUUGACCUGCCACCCUCACCAGAGAGGGAUGAUGAAAGUUUCGUUGGAGGUUCCCAGAAGCCAGCCAUGCCUCCACCAGCACGUUCGUCUCCAGAGAUCCCUCUGCUGGGUCUCCAGAGCGGUAAGGCCGUGACCCCGCUGGAUUUAGGUCGCUUCCGGAGCAAAGUGUUCCGCUCGGUGUUGGACGAGAUGAAGCCUAAAGAGGAUGUCGGCACCCCAAAACAAAACCAGGAGGGCGGCAGAAGGAACCCCCUUCAGAAGGAAACCAUGCUGCAGCUGGACACUCCCUCUCGGUUCCUCAGCAGAGACCAGCUUUUCAGGCCCUCUUUCAAUGUCAAGGAUGCGCUGGGAGCAUUGGAGACUCCAGGGGGAAGAGCCAAACCAGGAGAGAGGGUGGAGACCCCACUGACUGAUGUCAUCAACAGGAAUCUGAAGGUGGCUAUGGCCAAUAGCACCCGAAAUAGCGUCACAGAUAUGGAAGCCAUCUCUGCUAGCCCCCAACUUUCCAAGGCGACUGAGAAAGAGGUACCAGAAAAAGAAGGCAGUCCUCUGACUGGUGUUGUUGUCUGUGUGGGAAAGAAGCUGAGCAAAAUGCAGAGUGAGCUCAAUGCCAUCGCUGCCUCACUUGGAGCUGACUUUAGGUGGGCUUGUGAUGAUACGGUGACACACUACAUUUACCAGGGCCGUGUGGGGGACAACACCCGGGAAUACAGAGGAGUGAAGGAGCGAGGGCUGCAUGUGGUCUCCCAGUACUGGCUGCAGGCGUGUGCUGAGGAGCAGCGGCAUGUCCCAGAGUCUCUGUAUCCUUUCACCUACAACCCCAAGAUGAGCCUAAAUCUCAGCCAGGUGCCGAACAGCUCUCAAAGAUCUCCGCCUUCAACACGAACACGACUCGAAGACAUCCCUGAGGCAAAGAAUGACAAGCGUGAACACACCACAGAAGAAGCUACAAACUUGCGUCGUGUAAGCGACGGAAGCACAGAUCAAGAAGAGAUGCCUGAUGCUGCAGAUAAAAGUGACAUUUCAGAGACUCUAGAAAUGAGAGAGAACCUGCAGAGACAGCUCCAGGAGAUCAUGUCAGCCACCAAGCUGACAACAGGGAGGCGUACCUCGGUCAGGCUCAGCAGGAUGGGAUCAGGAGGGGCCGACUCGGGCCCCUACACACCCGAUGGGAACCGUGUGGGACGCAGUGGGAGCAGACGUACCCUGGAAGCUCUGAGGGUUUCCAGAGCAGCAGCUAUGGACAUAAACACAGAGCCAUCUCAGAGUGAACAGAUCGUUUGGGAUGACCCUACAGCCAGGGAGGAGAGGGCCAAGCUGGCUGAUAAUUUACAGUGGCCUGGCAGUCCUUCCCAACACUCGGAGCCCCUCGCACAUCCUCCUCCUCCCACUGCAGAAAACGGCCCUCAGUUCAGGGACUCCAUGACGGACUCUGAGCUGGUGGAGAUGGCUGCUUGUGACGUCAUCGACCAGCAUAUGGGCCAGAAAGUCACAACGCCUCCAACAAAGGAGCGAGAAAAUGACAUCCUCACUCCUAAUGCCCCCAGCAUCGCCUUCCCUCUCGCCAACCCCCCAGUAGCACCGGAGCCACAGGAGAAGCGAGAGGAAGAAAAGCAGCCACCCAGAUUUCAGCUGUCCUCCCUCAGUCCCCAGGAACGCAUUGAUUACAGUCACCUCAUUGAGGAACUUGGUGGUGUAGUCCUGGACAAGCAGUCUUUCGACCCCAGUUGCUCCCACAUCAUCGUAGGGACUCCGCUGCGCAACGAGAAGUACCUGGCAGCAAUGGCGGCUGGCAAGUGGAUCCUGCACCGCUCGUACCUGGAGGCCUGCCGCUCUGUGGGUUGCUUCAUCCAGGAGGAUGAGUACGAGUGGGGCAGUAGCUCCAUUCUGGAUGCGUUGCCCUCCAUUACCUCUCAGCAGAGGAGACUGGCGUUAGCUGCCAUGCGCUGGAGAAAAACCCUGCAGGGACGCUCUGAGCAAAGGGGAGCCUUCAGUGGAUGGACAGUCAUGUUAAACAUCGACCACAACAGAGAAUCAGGCUUCAGGCGGUUACUGCAGUCUGGCAGGGCAAAGGUCCUGCCGAGUCCCUCCCCGUCCUUGUACAAGGGGACCACUCACCUGUUUGCAGACUUUAAUCGGCUGAAGCCCGGAGACUUCAGAGUCAAUGUAUCUGAGGCUACCUCCCACGGAGUCACAUGCUUGAAGCCAGAAUACAUCGCAGACUACCUGAUGCAGGAGCCAACCCCACCUAUCGAGCUGUACUGCCUGACUGAAGCUCCGUCUGAAGAAGCUCCAGGCACUCCAUCACGUAAGCGUAAAGCAGCCACAGACAACUCCAGUCUGAAAAAGACACGGCUGAACUGAAAUGUCACUACUAAAUAUUGUCAUUAAAAUUCUCACGUCUGUGAAAAUGAUUGUAAAUAAAAAAAAUUCUUUAUCUUGUGUAUUAAAAAUAAAAUAAAUGUA